CAAAAGCAGGCGUAGAUCCGUCGCAGUGGUCCGUCGUGCACAUCGAGAGAUCGCAGCUCAAGCUGGUCUAUGCCACCACCGACCUCGUCUGAUUCCUGGCUAGCCUCGCGGCGCUUCGGAAUCGUCAUCGACGCUGGCUCGUCGGGCUCACGGCUCCAAAUCUACUCCUGGAAAGACCCCCAGACUAUCCUCAGGGAACAGGGCGAUGCCGUACGCGAUCUCCUACCGCCGGUGGAGAAGGGAGUCAGGGAAGGGGACGAGUGGAUAACCAAGGCUGAGCCUGGUCUCUCUUCGUUCGCGGACAACCCUGAGGGCGUUGCUGCCUACCUCGAACCUCUUAUCAGCCAUGCACGCGCCCACAUACCGCCGUCCAAAGAAGCAGACACGCCCAUAUUCCUGCUCGCCACCGCCGGCAUGCGUCUUCUCACCCCCAUCCAACAAGCUCGCGUACUCGCUGCAACUUGCAGCUACCUCCGAAAUACAAACUUUCGCCUGGAAGACGCCUCAGAAGACGGCCCGUGCGGUUCGAGUGUCAAGAUCAUCACAGGCGAGGAAGAGGGCCUGUUCGGGUGGAUUGCCGUCAACUACCUCAUGGAUGGCUUCGUCGGCAACUCAACAUCCCCCUCAACUAACAAGACGACCUACGGCUUCCUCGACAUGGGCGGCGCGUCCACCCAGAUCGCGUUCGAGCCCUCCGAGCAGGAGGGCGACGACCUCGACUCGUACAACCUCGUCGACGUCCGGCUGCGCCUGCUCAGCGGACAGGAGAUCAUGCACAGGGUCUUCGUCACGACAUGGCUCGGGUACGGCACGAACCAGGCGCGUGAACGUUACGUCGCGCAGAUGAUACGCACGUACGCCCCACACCAAGCCAACGACCGCUCGGUGCUCGAGGACCCGUGUCUUCCGCGCGGCCUCGAGAUGACGGAGUCGCCAGUGUACGUCGAGAACGGCGUGACAAACGUGCUGCAGCCGCACAGUCUCGUCGGGACGGGCUCGUUCCCGCAGUGCCUGCGGCACUCGUCGCCCCUGCUCAACAAGAACGCGCCGUGCGAGACUGCUCCGUGCCUCUUCAACGGUGUGCGCGUCCCGCCGAUCGAUUUUUCUGUCUCGCACUUCAUCGGUGUGUCAGAGUACUGGUACUCGUCCGAGCACGUGUUUGGCCUCGGCGGCCCGUACGAUUUUUUGCAGUACGAGCGCGCCGCGACGGAGUUUUGCAAGCGCACGUGGGAUAGUAUUACCAGGCAGCACGAGCGGAACAAGCAUCAAGGCACGCUUGGCGGCGACGGCGAGGUGCUGCAGGACGGCGAGGUUGUACAGACGGGUGUGUGGGGCGAUAACGUCGAGCUGUCGCGUCUCCAGAUGCAAUGCUUCAAGGCGGCAUGGAUCACUAAUGUGCUGCACGACGGCCUUGGCCUCCCCCGAAUCGUCGAUCCCGGCGGUAACGCGACGGCAAGCAGCGGUGGAGAUGAGGUCGCGAAGCAGGCGGAAGACAAGGGCUUGGGCAAGCCUAUAUUCCAGUCUGUCGAUACGGUCGAAGACAUCGCUAUUAGCUGGACGCUAGGCAAAAUGGUCCUAGAGGCUAGCAAGGACGUUCCUCUCUCUUCAUCUAAAGACCGCCCGCUUGUGGACCCCGUACAAGAUAUCCCUUCUACGGUACACGACCCGCCAAUAAAACCUAUUCGUCCGCCCUUCUGGUCCAUCGACGCCCUCGAGGACAAGCUCUCCCCGCACCUCCCUACCUCACUCUCCCGCGAAUCCCUCGGCUUCUCUCCAGUGUCCCUCAUUAUAUAUGCCCUCGUCAUCUCGUUCUUCGUCUGCGUGUUCUACCGCAUGCGACGGCAGGUUCGCUCCGCCUUCCGGCGCAUACGGAGCCGCCCCCUUAAACCGCGCGGCGACUACGCGCUCGCGACCGAGUCUUACGCGAUGGAAGAAGGCGCGCUCGACCCAUCCUCGUUCUCUGCUCCACCCUCCCCAACAGCCUCAAAACACCAACACCAAGGCCACUCCGUUCUCCCAAAAUCUCUUCUCCGCUCCAUCAGACGCAUGAUCUCCUCCACGCCCUCCCACCGCCCUCAUCAUCAUCCUCACCACCACCACUCCAAAUCGCGCAGCCACACCUCCAAGCGUCCGCAGCUAAGACACACCCACUCCUCGCCCACGCCCUCCCCGCCCGGCGGCGGCGACCCACCCGCGCCGGGCCGCACACCCAGCAACCUCGUCUCGUCCGGGUACCUCGGCGCCGCCUCGCCGUAUCAAUCCUACGCCACCACCAACGGGCUAGGGCCGAGCUCGGAGCCCAUCGAGCCGUCGGGCAACUCGUCCGCGUACCUGUCGCGCGCGCCGUCGCCGGCGGCGCCCGGGCAGCAUCUUGCGCUGCCGGAGGAUAUGCUCGGGUUUGGGCUGGGGGUGGGUAAUGGACAUGGGCAUGGGCAUGGGUAUAGUGGAAACGGGCUGGGGGUGGGGUUGGGGUUGGGACUCGGGACGUCGUUGUCGAGGUCGCGGAACUCGUCGCAGGUGAGUUUGGCGCCGGGGGCGGCGUAUUUGACGCCGAGGGCGGGGACGCUGUCGAGGAGCGCGAGUGCGAUGGCGCUGCAUGAUGAGUGAGCUGCGCAGCGCGGUGCGACGACGUUAGUGUCUGGCUGGAUAUUGAUGUGGGUACUAUCCGUACAUAUUAUGUGUGCUCGUGCUGUAGAGUUGGGUGGUAUGGGAUAAUAUUUAGCGAGUACUUUACUGGAGUCUGGUGCGUUAAUACGAGUUGGAGAGUACAGG